CCCCCUGUCACCGGGCCACUUCCUCCGGUUGCGGCUGGCGUGGGGGACUCGCCUCUCCACGGGGCAGGCAGCAGCCGCAGCUGGAGGGUCUGGACGACACGGUGGCGGGCGGCUCCUCCGUCAAAUCGGAUGAUGAGGACGACCGAUUCCCCGCAGGAAUCCGUGAGGCGGUGAGCCAGGUGCUCAACUGCUAUGACUGGACCCUCGUGCCCAUGCCCGUGCGCGUAAACUCCGGAAGCAAGAACAAGCCGCACGUGAAGAGGCCAAUGAACGCCUUCAUGGUGUGGGCGCAGGCGGCGCGGAGGAAACUGGCCGACCAGCACCCGCACCUGCACAACGCGGAGCUCAGCAAGACCCUGGGGAAGCUCUGGAGGCUUCUUAAUGAGAGUGACAAACGACCCUUUAUCGAGGAGGCAGAGAGGCUGAGGAAGCAGCACAAGAGGGACUAUCCCGACUACAAAUACCAGCCACGACGCCGCAAAAAUGGAAAACCUGGUUCCGGAUCAGGAAGUGAGGCCGAUGGCCAUUCGGAGGGUGAGGUCAGCCAGUCCCACUACAAGGGCCUCCACCUGGAAGUGGUCCACAGUGGGGGAGCUCGUUCCCCUCUUUCAGAUGUGCACCACCCUGCAGGUCAGAGUCACAGUCCUCCCACACCUCCUACCACUCCCAAGACCGAAACUCAGUCUGGUAAGGCAGGUGAUGGAAAACGGGAGGGUCCUGGCAAUGGGGGCUCCCGUGGCACAAUGGGAGCAGAGGGAAGCUCAGGAGCUCCGGGAUCUGGGAAACCUCACAUUGACUUUGGUAAUGUGGACAUUGGUGAGAUGAGCCACGAGGUGAUGGUCAACAUGGAACCUUUUGAUGUCAAUGAGUUUGACCAGUACCUUCCCCCCAAUGGGCACCCUGGGGUGGGGCACAGCGCUGGGACAGGUGCAGCUGCAACAGCUUCUCCAGCCUCUCCGUACACUUACGGCAUCUCCUCAGCUCUGGCAGCGGCCAGUGGACACUCAGCAGCCUGGCUCUCCAAGCAGCAGCAACAGCCGCAGCAACAUCAUGGCUCCCCUCUGGGCUCAGAUCCCUCCAAGGCCCAGAUCAAGAGCGAGGCCGGAGGUGCUGGGGGUCACUUUGCAGAGGCUGUCUCAGCUGGUUCCCACGUCACCUACACUCCCCUCAGCCUUCCUCACUACAGUUCAGCCUUCCCCUCACUGGCCUCCAGGGCUCAGUUUGCUGAAUACGCUGACCACCAGGCCUCAGGGUCAUAUUAUGCUCACUCCAGCCAGGCCUCGGGGUUGUACUCUGCCUUCUCUUACAUGGGGCCCUCCCAGAGGCCCCUGUACACUGCCAUCAGUGACCCUGCCAACGUACCGCAGUCACACAGCCCCACGCACUGGGAACAGCCCGUCUACACAACGCUGUCGCGGCCAUGACAGACAACGAGACCAGAGGGCACUGGUGCAGGUUCAGCCCCCAUGUCAGACCCAAGGAGCAGCAUCAACAGCAGUAGUGUUGGUGGUAGCAAUGGUGAAAGUGGUCUGGCCCGGGGGGAGUGGGCAGGCACCUGGGGAGUCGGCUGGGGAAGCAGGAAGGGAGAAACCCCGUUCUGCUCUUGCCCGGAGGCAGAAAUGCCAUCACAGCUCAAGGAUGAGCUUGGAGGGUGGUGCUUUUGAAACAUGGUUGUUUAUUUGGGGCACACAGUGUAGCAGUCAGAGAAUGUAUAACUUUGGUGGCACAGAGGAAAAACACCCACCUACCACCACUGCAGAGUUCCAGGUUAGAUUUACAGCAGCAAGGCCUCUGGUGACAGCGUUCAUAAAGUGGUAAAGGACCAUGUCCCUGUCAGUUUGGUGAGUCCAUGUGUAUCAGAGGAGACACAUUGUAGUCUUCAACCCUCUCCCACAAGCCACAAGGGGUCAGUAGCAACAGGGACCGUAGUACACUUUAAGAAUCAGCAAUACCUUGAUCUGUGUUGUGAAGGGUGUGACUGAGAGGGAGCUAAAUUCAUUCUAUAUGAAAUGGGAUUUUUUUUGUACCCAGAAGAAUGGAGUGCCAAACUACUUAGCUGUGGCCCAUUCACUUCUCAGGCAAGACUGACCUUUUAUCAAACAUAUAUUAGUUUUGUAUUGCUUUUGGAAAUCAAUACAACAAAUACUGAUAGCAUUCUGUUGGGUUUUUUGAGGCACAUUUGUGCCUAUUUCAUUCAAAUUAUUAUGCUGUGUUGACUUAAAAUGCCUUUUGUACACACAAUGGACGUAAGUGGAAGACAAAUGCCAUAAAACCAUGUUGAGGUUUUGUUAAGUUAAAUGUAUAUUUAGUCAAAAAACAGUUUUCAUGAUGACUGACUAUUAUCAGGAUAGUUUAUACUAUGUACUUGAAACUGCAAAUGUGCGUAUAUUGAUGCAUACAGAUUUGAGAAAUUUGUGAAAUGACCAAAGUUUUGAGACCAAAACUUGUAAAGAAGAAACAGAUUGUAUAGAUGUUUCUCCCAACGUGACACUCAAAACUACCUUACAUUUUGUUGCUAAUUAGUUUUCUCUUAGCUGUCAGCAUUUUUCCAAUGUGACUUCUUGUAAAUUACUUUAAAACGUAUUAGUGUCAAAAGCUACUUUUGCCUUUUUCACAAUGGCACUGAUGAGUGUGAUGAUUUUCAUUAGUAUUUGACGUAUUCAUGAAGAACAUUCAUGAUAACAGACAUAUUUAUACUUAGAUAAUGGCUUUUCAUUGACGACGGUCGCAGUGUGUCAUAAAAUACAUGAUAGAAGCAUUCAUCGUUUUAACAAUUGACUGUAUUAAUGCUGUCAAAUGCUUUUUGCCAUUAUUAUCCACUGAAAGUCUGCACCACUGCCUACCUUUUCCUUUGUGCGUUAUUCAAAAUGUGUAUAUAGAACAGUAUUCAAUGUGAAAUGUCUGAUCUUUUGAUUGUAGUUGUUUAACUUAAAAAAACAACAUUAUUUCUGGGACAGUUUCAAUGUAGGAGAUGCCAAUACUGAGAAACAGUUGCCAGGGAUUGAGUGAGUGAAGCUUCCAGGAGAUAAUGUUUUAACACAGCCGAAUAUUAAACAUAAAAUGUGCCUUGUCUUUAAUAAUACCAGCUACUCACAAGGAAACAGAGAAGCAACAACCUGUAUUUUAUGUUGAAUCAUGUUUGUGUCUUUCCCAACUUUUGGACUAUUAGUUCAUCUGUUUUUUAUAUUCUGUCUUUCUUUCUGAUUUCUCAUCUCUCUUUAUGGUCCACUGUUUUUCCAUAUGUAAUUAUUCUUUGUUUUCAUGUAUAUCACUUAAAUAUUUUUUAUCACUAUUGGACACAGAUCCAAACCAUAUGCAUGCAGCACUGCUUGUUUUAAUUACUGGUCGACAUCUAUUUAACCAUUUACCUCCAGCAUAAGAGGCAGAGUUACAUCCUUGUUGCUAUGUAUAAAAUACCUGUAAUGUUGCUAUGAUUUUGCAUUUCUUAUUUAUAUUGUUUUAUGUUUGUGUGCGCUGUUAUUGGUUUCUCUCCAUUAUGAAGAAAACUUUUGACUGUUACUGCCAUUUUAGUAUUUCAUAUUUUCCAUUCUUGUAUAACUUGUUGCCAGCACAACACAGCAACGCAACCUCCAAAUAACAGCAGGAGCAACAGCCUGAACAUGUGAUAAUGACUAAUGAUCUUUUACUCUCACUUGAAAUAAAGCUCUAUUAUUUCUGCUUUAA